AUGGAACAGCACACCUUCCGCCGCCGUGGCCUAGGGCUUCGCGGUGCAGACCCAGACCGUGUCUCUCCCGGUUACGUCCUUUAUGCGCCUCUGACCUCCAACACCGCACACCUCAUCUCAACAACCGGCGAGGAGGUCCACCGCUGGACUCUGCCUACUCGUGCCGGCCGUCAUGCUCGCAUCCUACCCAAUGGCAACCUCGCUUACAACGGCGUGCAUGCGGACUCGCCAAAUCUCUUCCCCAUGUGGAAAAAGUACUGCGGCGGUGUUAUGAUGCAGGUUAACCCAGACGGCAAAGUCGUACGAAAGUACUCCGAUCCACACGCGCACCACGACCAAAAUCAUCUCAAUGACGGGACAAUUCUCUAUACGACUCUUGAGCCGCUGACAGCCGAGGAAGCUGCUCGGGUCCGCGGCGGCAUUUCCGGGAGCGAGAGUCCAAAUGGCGUGGUGUACGCCGACUGCAUCAAACUCGUUGAACCGUGGUCGAAAAGCGACGAGUCAUCAUCCUCCGACUUCGACGGGUCAGCAUCAACCGAGCCAGGGACGAAAAACGGCGGCGCAAAGCUCCUCUGGUCCUGGCGCGCAAUCGACCACCUCGAUCUCGAUCAAUUCCCGCAACACCAGUCUUACCCGCGCGAACACUGGCCAUUAAUCAACAGCGUCUCACUCGACAAAGACGGAAACAUCAUCGCCUCGUCCCGAAACACCUCCUCUGUCUUCGUGAUUAGCCGCGAGACCAAAAAGGUGAUCUGGCAUCUCACCGCGCCUACCGUGAACCAGCAGCACUGCGCCCACGAAAUUAACGACAAAGGCGACAUGCUCAUCUUCGACAACGGCGUGUUCCGACCCGGUCUCGCUGUUCCCUUCUCCCGCGCAAUUAUCGUUUCGAGAGCGACGGAACAGAUAACCUGGGAAUACAAAGACAACACAACAGGCGGGCUAGGCUUUUUCACGCCGUUUAUGGGCUCGGCGCAGUUAUUGGAGGGCGGGAAUGUUCUCAUCGCUGAGGCGGCGACGGGGCGGAUUUUCGAGGUUACGACGGAUGGAAAGAUGGUGUGGGAGUUUGUGGUUCCGCAGCUGGAUGACUAUAGCAAGGUCAUGGGCGCUCAGGAUCUGGAGGAGAUGGAGAAGAUCGGGUUUUCGUAUGAGAGUAAUGCUGUUUUCAGGGCGUAUAAGUACUUGCCCGAGGAAGUUGGGUGGUUACGGUUAUAA